GAUUCAUAGCUUCUUAUGUAGCAGAAAGUGAGUUGGGAAGUGAAUUAUGUUUUGUUUUUUUAAAUUGUUAGAAAUCAGCAGAUUGCAAAAUGUUCCAACUUUUUGGUUAUUAAUUUUUAAUAUUCACAUUUGCUGAGGUGUUUUAUUUGUUUAACCUUAGGUCAAUUAAAUUGUGGUAUGAAUUGGUUUAAAACUUCAAGGAUUCAAGUUUAUUCUCUGUUGAAUUUAUUUUACUUAAUAUUUUAAUGGUUUUAUUUUCUGAUGAAUUUAAGCAAAUGGUUUAAGAUGUUCAGUAGUAUUUAGGCUAAAUAUCUAUGUAUGUAAUUUAUCUCUGAAUAUCUUCCCUUUAUUGUAGAAGUUGACUAGACUUAGAACUGAUGUAGGAUUAGGACAAGAUGUGAUCUUUGUGUUGCCAAAACAACUUUAUUUUUUUUCAGCACGAUGCAGAAUCAAACAAUGCACUCACACUUGCCAAGUUGUCAGCACUAACCCAAGAGUUGAGACUUGCAUCUGUCCGCCGUGGACCAGACUAGAUCCCCGCAACGACACCAGGUGUCUGGAGAUAAACGGUAAAUUCUAUACUAUGCAUUAAAAAUAGACAAACAUUCCUAUUUUGGUGCUAGCAAAUUAAAUAAUUUAUUCUGGGCUAACUAUUGUACUAUGUUUAAAAAUGUUGUUAACAAUUUAUGCUUUUCCAUAUAUAGCAUUUCAGGUAUUCAUCCCCAAAAUAUAAAAUGAUCAUUCAUACGUUUCUGCAGUUUGUAACUCAACUGUAGCAGAAAAUUCUGGCUACAUAGUAAGUCCAUCCUACCCACAGAAGUACCAAGCUAACGUUACUUGCAGCUGGUACAUACCAGCUUCCCAGAAUGCACCAAUCACUUUAAGGUAC